AUGCUCUCCAGCGAACCAAGCUGCUCAGGGGUGACAGUGAAGGUGCACCCGCUCGUUGUGCUCAACCUAAGCGAACACUGGACACGAGCGCGGCUGCAGAAGACAGAAUCGGCCGUCUGGGGCGUCAUCCUAGGCCACAAGGACUCGAAGGGACAAGAAUAUGAGGCCAUUACGUCUUUUGACCUUCAGGUGGCGAGGAAGGACGUGCAAGAUGGGCGAUUUGAACUAGAAGCGCCCGAAAUGCAGGCACGCCUUGCUCAAUAUACGGAAGUGUUCAAGGACCUGACAUACCUCGGAUGGUAUACGGCGUCGACCCCGAAGGAAGACGAAAAGCUGUCGUUGCCUUGUGACAGCCUUCUUUUCCAAUUGGCUCCCUUUAUAAAUAUGCCGGCUAACAAGUUGCCGUUGAUGGUGUACAAGAUCAACGAGAAGGGGAUCGCGCAAUCGGUGCAAUGGACCCUACAUAGCGAGGAAAGCGAACGGAUCGGAGUUGAGCAUGUGACCAGGCUAUCGAAAGCGGCCGGCGAUAUCAGCGCAUCGAACGUCAGUCGACACCACCAUACGCAAUCCUCGGUGGCCGGCAUGGUGUAUCAGAAGCUGCGCGUCGUGCAGCGCUGGUUGCAAGCUGUUGAAGCCGGCUCAAUUGCGUACGACCCGGAAAUCGCACGCGAAGCCGCGAAGAUCAUUCACAUCGGCCAACAGAUCAAGCCGGCCGGUCAUAUGGUCGACGAACAUCUCGAGGCACACACCAAAGAGGUCGCCGUCGCCAUUUUGAUCACUAAGGUGGCCGCGUUGCUGGGGAAUGGUUAUCAGACGGUUUGCGAUGCACUGCGUCUACGUGAGCCGGUGACUGCUGCCGCUGCGGACAUGUCUGGAGACAUUGAUCCUGCCAUCCGAAUGAUGAAAUGUUUCAACCAGGCUCCCACGAACCUUCCACCCGAAUUCAUGAACUUG